AUGUCAUCAGGGUACGACAAGCGUUUCGAAUGGUUGUUUGAGAAAAUUGCAGAUGCGUUUCAUAUGGACAAGGAAACGAUUGCAAGUGUCGGAAGAUCGAAAGAGAACACCGAAUUGAUCGGCUCCUUCCUGGAUGGAGUCGGAAAUUCAAAAUGUUUAUUAUGGUUCUUUUUCAGCCAAGGUGUGAACGACUUUUCCGAUUUUGAUGAAACUUUAACAGCAAGUUCAGCGAAUACAUACUCGAAAGCUCAAACAGUAAUUUCUUUCGGAACUGUGGAUACAGAGAGCACGGUUGCAUCCAUCAAAUCACCUAGAAGCUCUUCGGACGGACCUGUCUUUUUAGUAUCAACGGAUUUUAAUGCCAACCCUUUAAUUAAUAAUGCUAUUUGUAUUUAUUUUGUGAAAGAAGAAAUCACAACCAACAUCACCAUGAAUAAUAUUGAGGACAUUGCAAUGGGAGUAAUAUCAGGAAGCAAAGGUCUCAUGAAGGAACUCAAGGACAGACUGGAAAAUCUGUAUGUUCCCCAGCUAAGGAAACAAAGUGACUGGGGAGAAUUGUCACAAUCGAAUGACAAGAAAGAAGAAAUCAUUGAAUUUUUAGAAAAUGUAGAAAAAUUUGUACAGAAUGUGAGUGAAGCAAAAAUUGCCCUUGAAUCCUCAAUACGAUUGGAACCACCAAAGAAAUUUUCCUCUAUUGAAUCCAAACCAAAAUCCUUUUUGAAAACUGCUUUGAACAGGACCGACGUGAUUUCCUCGUUCGAAGAAGCAGUGUCAACGUGGAUGGGAGACAUUGAUGCUCUUCUCAAUGAAGUGACAGCAGUGCGAGAGGAGGACGAUGAGAGUGGACCUGCAGCAGAACUCGAUUAUUGGAAAUCAAGAAUGGCCAAAUUUAACAGUAUUACAGAUCAACUGAGAGGAAAAGUCUGUAAAACUGUUCUGAGUGUUCUUAAAGCCAAAAAAUCACCAAUACUGGCAGGUUGGAAGAAUAUUGACAUGAGAAUUACGGACGCUGCUAAUGAAGCCAAAGACAAUGUAAAAUACUUGUACAUACUAGAGAAAUUCAGUGAACCACUAUACAAGAGUGACCCAGUGCAAAUGAUUAAUACGUUACCCGCUCUCAUCAACGCCAUCAAGAUGAUGCAAAGUAUUGCACGCUAUUACAACACUUCCGAGAGAAUGACGGCCUUGUUCGUUAAAAUUACCAAUCAAAUGAUUAUUUGCUCGAAAAAGUAUUUAAUGAAGGAUGGCCGUCUGUGGGAACAAGACACUGAAAAAUUAAUAGAAAAAUUCAAAGCUUGCAUUGAUUUGAAUGAAGCCUAUCAGCACUAUUAUCGGAAAACUAAGAGCGAGCUACAACUCAAUCCUUUCGGAAAGCAAUUUGAUUUUAGUGAGAGCGCAAUUUUCGGAAAAUUCGAUCAAUUUUGUUGGAGGAUUCAAAAACUCAUCGAUUUAUUUACAACAUUUAAUCAAUUUUCCUAUCUACAAAAGAGUACAAUUGAAGGUCUGGAACCAAUUUUGAAACAAUUUAACAAGAUCAUCACUGUAUUGAAGAGAAAGAAAUAUGACUUUUUAGAUUAUCGGAAAACUAUUUUUGAUAACGACUAUGUAGAAUUUAACAAUGAUAUUACCAAGCUGGAAUUGGAGUUAAUGACCUUCAUCAACAACAGUUUUUCCGACGCUAGAACGACACGUCACUCAUUGGAACUGCUAGAGCAGUUCAAGAAAGUGCUCAAGCAAGAAAACUUACAACGAAUACUGGAGGAGAAAUACAAAGCCAUUUUCAACAACUACAGCAAAGAUGUCGAGAUGAUAAAAAAUAUUUAUGAAGAGAAAAGUAAAAGACCAACAUUACCAAGAAAUGCACCACCAAUUGCAGGAAACAUUGCUUGGUCGAGACAAUUGAUGCGAAGGCUUGAAGAACCUAUGGAAUUGUUCAAAAAAACUCCUGCCAUUCUCGAUUUAAAAGAUUCCAAAAAAACAAUCAAGUUGUACAACAAGAUUGGAAGAGCAUUAAUUGGAUUUGAGUCGUUAUGGAUGGAAAAAUUUGAUGACGCUCUGGAAACUGCUCGAGAAGGUCUUUUAGCAACAGUUCUUGUUGAACAAGGAAACCAACUAUACGUUAAUUUUGAUAGCGACUUGAAAAUGUUAAUGAACGAGGUAAAAUAUCUUCAGAUCAUGGAAUUAGAUUUACCUGAAUCAGCAACCAGUAUAUUUAACCAGCAAGAGAGACUGCUGUAUUUGGAAGAAGGCCUCAAGUUCAUGGUCAAAGAAUAUUACCGUGUGAUGGGAAUGCAAGAUGAACUCUACAAGGGAAUAUUGAGGCCCAUGAUAAAAACUCUUGAUGAAAAGAUAAGACUCGGAAAAACCACCAUAACCUGGCUCUCUGUUAGAGUGGAUAGCUAUAUUGAGGAUGUUAUGAAAUUCAUCAAAACAAUGGAAGAAACACUUGAAAAAGCCAAUGACAUUUUAACAUUCAGACUCAAGGCAAAUAUUGAUUCCAUUACCAAAACUUAUUUGAUAUCAUUCACUCAUGAGGUGAGAUCCAUUCAACAAUUUCUGAGCGACAAUGAGAAAUUUUCCAAGCAAAUGGCUUUGGACAUUGACAUUAAGAAUCAAGAAAUUGAAUCAGCAGCCUCAGAUCUGAUCUCGAUCAUCACAUUCAAAUAUACAGACGAAGAAAAAUAUCAAGUUGCAAAGGAUUGUAGAACAUUUAAAAUUUAUUUCGAAGAAAGAAUGCUCGAAGCAGUUUCCAAUUGCUUGCGGAACUCUGUGAAGCAUUUGAAGGACAAAAUUAGUCAAGAUAAGAGAUCCAAUGCCAAACCUGUUUUCAAUGUACAGCUUGCGUUAUCGAUACCAAACAUUGUAUUACAACCAAGUCUUGAAGAGAUACAAAAAUGUGUCAAUAAGUGUGCUAGAGUAAUGUUAGAAUCAACUCAACACAUUUUCAAAUGGAGCCAAGACAAAUCGAAGGAAAGAAAGAAUAUCUUUUCUCAAAUUGGAGAAGAUAAGACAACUAUCAAAGGAUUUUUGCAGCUCACUGGUGCUAUUGCCGGGCUUUCUAGUAAGCUCAACGUGUUUAUUGCAAAAUUCCAGCAGUAUGACUUUUUGUGGAAACAAGAUCGAUCUGAAUCGAUUUCUUCAUUUGUUGAAGGAGCAUCAUCGGGAGCGUUUGAUGAUGAAAAGAAAGUUCCACCCUCACUUGAGGACUUUGAAAAGAAAAUCAAAUACUUUUCAGAUCUGGAAAAGGAGCUUCAAGAACUGGAUCAAUACCAUCAAGAAGGAUCUUUAUUGGUUGAUUUGAAGCCAAUCAAGACAGCUCUUACAGUGGAAGCAUCACAAUGGAAAUUUUCAUAUGGUCAAGCAUUGAACUUGAAAGCAAAGGCUGAAAUGGAAAGUUUAUUAACCUACAUGGAAGAAACCACAAAUAACCUAAAAAGAGAUGUCUCUGAUAUCGAAGGAAUUAACAAUGUCAUGAACGUAUUGAAUGACCUUCGAGAAAGAGAAAGCUCAUUCGACUUGGCCAUUAAGCCAAUCAAUGAAGCUUAUGAAAUUUUGAAAUUAUACAAUAUCAAGAUUUCAAAGGAAGAAUUGGAGCAAGUGGAGGAUAACGGUUUGGAAUUCAAGUGGAAGGCUCUCAUUGCUCUUUCAAGAGAAGUCAUGUCGAAAUUCCAAAAAAUUGGACCUGGGUUCAGGAGAGAUCUGGAACAGAAAGUUAAAGCCUUCAAGACUGAGGUUUCAGAAUUUAAAAAGCUUUACGACGAACAAGGUCCAAUGGAAAAAGGAAUCAAUCCUAGAGUGGCAAAAGCCAGAUUAACAUCAUUUAAGAGCGCCUUCGAUGAAAAGAUGAGAAAGUGGAAAACUUACUCCAUGGGAGAACGGUUAUUCAAAAUGAAAGAAACUGAGUAUCCAGAUUUGGUUAAAAUUAGCAAAGAAUUGGAUUGGCUCUCUGGAUUGUAUGAUCUAUACACCGAAGUGAUUGUCACAGUGAAUAGCUUUGAAGACAUCAUGUGGAAUGAGAUUGAUAUUGACGAAAUGUCAAAUGUGUUGAACAAUUUUAAUGUCAGAUGUAAGAAUAUGCAUCCAGCACUCAGAAAAUGGGACGCAUACAUUGAAUUGAAAGACACAAUUGAGAAUUUCCUGAAUACGUUACCCUUGUUGGAAAAACUAAAUCAACCAUGUGUCACACAGCGUCAUUGGAAGCAAAUUUCUGAUUUGUGUAAGAGAUCUCUCGACUACAAGAAUCCUGAAUUUAAAAUUAGAGACAUUAUUGAAGCCAAGUUGGUAGAUCACAAAGAUGACAUUGAAGAAAUUGUAAAUGCAGCUAACAGAGAGUUAAACGUGGAGAAGAAGCUAGAAGAAAUCAAAGAAGAAUGGAAGUUGAAAAAGUUUGUGUUAGGAGACUUCAAGAAUCGAGGAAAACUAGUUCUCAAAGAUACACAAGAUUUAAUGCAAAGCAUUGAAGACACUCAACUUGCUCUUUCGACACUAUUAGGUGAUCUCUACAAUGAGCCAUUCAAGCCCGAAAUUCAACAAUGGAUGGUCAAAUUAUCUGUUACACAAAGCGUUGUCGAUGAUUGGUUGCAGAUUCAGUCAUUAUGGAUUUACAUGUUUUAUGUAUUUACGGGAGGAGAUAUUGGUAGAGAGUUACCACAUGUGUUUAAAAGAUUCCAAAAUGUUGACAAGUCUUGGGUGAAAAUCAUGUCAACAGCAGAGUCAGAACCUAAUGUUAUCAAGCUUUGUUAUCAUGACGAGAUGCUCAGAGAUUUGUUGCCUCAUUUGAAAACACUUCUAGAAAAAUGUCAACGAGAUCUUUCAGGAUAUUUGGAAAAGAAGAGAAUGCUAUUUCCAAGAUUUUAUUUCUUGUCUGAUAAGCAAAUUUUAGAAAUUUUGGGACAAGGAAGCGAUCCAUCAUCAAUCCAAAAACAUUUACUCAGUAUUUUCUCCAAUAUUGCUGAAGUGGAGUUUGACUCGAGACAAAAGAAUCAUAUCAUUGCCAUGAAAUCAUAUGAAGGAGAAUAUGUACCGCUCGUUGAGCCUGUAAUUUGUGAGGAUAACAUUGAAGUAUGGCUCAACAGACUUGUUUCAGCCAUGCAAGAAACCGUUCAUGAAUUGGCCAGAAAUAUGAGCUCGACACUACUUUCAGAUCUCGCUGUCGUCGAAAACAAUUCUUUUGGUAGAGACAAGCUCACCAAGUUUAUUGGUGACAUUCCUUGCUCACAGCUUGCCCUCCUUGGACUUCAAUUGUUGUGGACUUGGGACAGUGAGAUGGCUAUUCGAAAUUCACGAGAUCGAACAUCAAUGGCGAAUGCUAAAAAGAAGUUUGAGACCAUUUUUAACCAUUUGGUCACUCUCACCACAAAUCCAAAGCUCACAGCUCUUCAAAGAACGAGAUUAGAAACUCUCAUUACCAUUCAUAUCCACCAAGUAGAAAUAUUCCAAGAGCUAUUCAAGAAGAAGGUUAAAAAUGUGAAUGACUUUGAAUGGACUAAAAGAACGAGAUUCUACUGGAAAGCAGAGCAAGACAAGUGCGUCAUUUCUAUCACAGAUGUUGACUUUGAAUAUUGCAAUGAAUAUCUUGGAUGUACAGAAAGAUUGGUCAUUACUCAAUUAACAGACAGAAUUUAUAUUUCGUGUGCACAAGCAAUGGGAAUGUUUUUGGGUGGAGCACCAGCUGGUCCAGCCGGUACUGGUAAAACAGAAACAACCAAAGAUAUGGGAAGAACCAUGGGCAAAUAUUUCAUUACCAUCAAUUGUUCGGAUCAAGGUUCUGUGCACUCAAUGGGCACAACGUUCAAAGGUAUUGCUCAAAGUGGUGCCUGGUGUGGUUUUGAUGAAAUUAACAGAGUCAAGCUUGAAGUGUUGAGUGUUGUCGCUGCUCAGGUUGCCUGCAUUUUCGAUGCCAUGAGAAAUCGAGCAUCCAAGUUUACCUUUACCGAUGGUUCUGAACUUGUACUCGAUCCAACAUGUGCAUGUUUUAUCACAUUCAAUCCAGGUUAUGCUGGUCGUACUGAACUACCAGAAAACAUGAAAGCAUUGUUUAGAACCAUUGCAGUGGUUCAACCUGACAGAAGAAUUAUUAUGAAAGUCCGAUUGGCUGCAUCAGGAUUUUUAGAAAAUCAACCUCUGUCUAAGAAAUUUGACAUGUUGUACAAACUAUGUGAACAACAAUUGUCCAACCAAAAUCACUAUGACUUUGGUUUGAGAAAUAUCUUGUCUGUUCUUAGAACGUGUGGAGUUUCACUACGAUCAGAAAGUUCAUCCGGUGAAAAGGGUGGUAAUGAAGUGAAAAAAGAUGAAACCAAAGUACUCAUGAGAGUUUUGCAAGAUAUGAACAAUUCCAAACUUGUCGAUGAAGACUCUACCUUGUUCAAAGAAUUGUUAAAAGACUUGUUUCCCAAUGAAACAUGUAACGAUGCUCCAGAUGCUGCCAUGAGUGAGGCCAUCGACUCGGUGAUUGAAAAGCAUGGACUUGUUAAUCACUCGCCUUGGAAAUUGAAAAUUUUGCAACUCUACGAACAAUACAAGGUGCGUCAUGGUCUUUGUUGCAUGGGUCCGAGUGGUUCAGGUAAAAGUGCUGCAAUCAAUGUACUUUGUGAAGCUCUUGGAAAAAUUGGUAUUCAAACCAAAAUUAAGAAGAUGAAUCCAAAAUCAAUCACUUCAGAACAAAUGUUUGGUACUCUUGAUAAAGGAACCAACGAUUGGACCGAUGGUAUAUUUACAUCUCUGUGGAGAGAAACUAUGGACAAGAAGAAGGAAUAUUCCUGGAUUCUGCUUGAUGGACCUGUCGACACGAUUUGGAUUGAAAAUUUGAAUACUGUGUUGGAUGAUACCAAAUCGUUGACACUUGCCAAUGGUGAUCGAUUGAAUAUGCCAAAAACUUUGAAAUUAGUAUUUGAAGUCGGUAGCUUGGAUAAUGCCUCUCCUGCCACCGUUUCCAGAAUGGGUAUGGUUUAUAUUGGCUCUACUAUACUUGGAUGGGAACCUAUCUUCCUCUCAUGGAUUAAGAAGCAUAACAAGCGUUCAAACAAUGAAAUUGAAAAGCUCACAAACCUUUUCAACAAACAUGUCACUGACAUUCUCACGUUCAUUGAGAAUGAAUGCUCUCCAUCAAUGUUUAUUGGAAAUUCCAACAUUGUGGCUACAACAUUGAAAAUCUUGGACGGCAUGUUCACAAACUUUACUCGAAAAUCCUUUACUGAUUCUAUGAUUGAGAAGCUUUUUAUUUUCUCAGUCAUAUGGGGAAUUGGAGGCACCUUGGAGAGUUCGGAUCGAAUUAAGUUUCAUACCUUCCUCGAAAAAGAUUGUAAAUUGUCAAUUCCUUCUCUAGACUCGGGAGACACGAUCUAUGAAUUUACCAUGGAUGAAAAUGGAGACUGGAGAAAUUGGAAGUUCAACGUUCCACAUUGGAAAUAUCCAACCGAUUAUGAGCCACUCUUCAACAGUAUUUUAAUUCCUACAGUGGAUAAUGUAAGAACUGACUUUUUGAUUCAACUCAUGGCCAAGCAAGAGCAUUCCGUCCUUCUUAUUGGUACCAGUGGUACCGCCAAAACAGUCACCAUUAAGAAGUAUCUCAAUGAAUUAGACAAGAACAAGUUCAAAAACAAGUUAAUCUCAUUCUCGAGCGCCACUACACCUGGUAUUGUACAAAAUUCAAUCUUUACCUCUCUCGAAAAGCGAUUGAGUAACAAGGUGUUUGGUCCUCCUCUUGGCAGAAAAAUGUUUAUUUUUAUUGAUGAUAUUAACAUGCCAGAAAUCAAUGAAUGGGGCGAUCAAAUCACUAAUGAAAUUGUGAGACAAGUUAUUGAGGAUGGUGGAUUCUAUUCUCUCGACUCUAAUAAUCAAUGGUUAAAGAUUGUAGAUGUGCAAUUUUUGGCUGCUAUGAAUCAACCUGGUCUUGGAAAGAAUGACAUUCCAGAUCGAUUGAAACGACAUUUUGCUAUUUUCAAUCUGACGGUUCCAUCCACAAAAUCGAUCGAUCACAUAUUUACAACCAUUAUUGAAGGUCAUUACUGCAAAGCAAGAGGUUUCUCUGAUGAAGUCAUGCAAUGUGCUUCUACCUUGCCAGAGCUUACAAGAAAGUUAUGGAUGCAAACCAAAGAAAAGAUGCUUCCAACACCAAACAAGUUCCACUAUGUUUUUAACUUGAGAGAUUUGAGCAGAAUUUUCCAAGGGUUGUUACUUGGUAAGAGUGAAGUUAUUCAAAACCAUUUAGAUUUGCUUCAUUUGUGGAGACACGAAGCCGAUCGAGUGCUUCAUGAUAAAUUCAUCGAAGAUGCAGAUCGUGAAUGGUUCCAAAAUACAUCCAAAGGACUCUUAAAGGAACACUACGGAGAAGACAUUGCUAGAGCUGUAAAAUCAAAACUUUUUGUCGACUUUUUGAGAAAGGCCGAAAGUCAUGACGAAAAUGUUGUUAGCAUGGAUGACAUGGACUAUGAAGCUCCACCACCAGAGGAUGAUCCAAAGAUUUAUGAACCUGUAGACGAUUAUGUACUUCUCUAUAAUCGACUGGAUGAGUUGCUAAACAAGUACAAUGAAAAACAUAAGAAAGAGCCUUUGGAUAUUGUACUAUUUGAUUUUGCGAUUUUACACAUUACAAGAAUUUCAAGAAUUAUUCGAAGUGAAAGAGGAAAUGCAUUGUUAGUUGGAGUUGGAGGUAGUGGAAAACAAUCGCUAACCAAGUUAGCUUCCUAUAUUGCAGGUUACAAAACCUUUAAAAUUCAAGUAACAAAGAAUUAUCACAUUCAAGCUCUUCUCGACGACUUGAAAAAGCUAUACAAGAUUGCGGUGUUGGAAUCUCCAGUGACUUUCAUAUUCACCGAUAACGAUAUUAAGGAUGAACAAUUUUUGGAGUAUAUCAACAUGAUGCUUACCUCAGGAGAUAUUCCAGGUCUUUUCACAAAAGAAGAACGAGAAAUGAUGAUUGGAGAGCUGAGACCAAUUGCUAUCAAAAGCGAUCCAUCAUUUAUGGCAACUCCAGAAAAUUUAUUUAACUUCUUCAUUGAUCGAGCGAGAGACAAUUUACACAUGGUUCUAUGCUUCUCUCCCAUCGGAGAUCAAUUCAGAAACAGAUCGAGAAAAUUCCCUGGAAUUAUUAGUGGAUGUACCAUUGAUUGGUUUGAUCCUUGGCCAAAAGAAGCCCUUAAAGCAACAGCUGACAAGUUUAUCGGCAAUUUUGAUUUAGCUACCACUGACAGCAUCAAGAACAGUUUGGUUCUUUUCAUGAAAGAUUUGCACUACAGUGUGAAUGAACUCACCGUAGAAUAUUUGAACAAGUACCGACGAAAUACCUACGUAACUCCAAAGACAUACCUUUCUUUCCUUAACAUUUAUAGAAAGAUUUAUGUUGAAAAAUUACAAGAAAUUGAAAAGAAGAGUAAUAACAUUUCGAAAGGCCUCGAAAAGUUACAGCAAGCAAAAGAAGACGUACGAGAGAAAGGAAAGGAGUUGGAACAAAAAGAAAGGGAGCUGCAAAUUGCUCAAGCAAGCGCCCAAGUGUUGGUUGAUAAGGUACAAAAAGAAACAAAGGCAGCAGAAGAACAAGGACGAGAAAUCCAAAAGAGAAAAGAAAAACAAGAAAAAGAAGUGAAAAUUGUUCAAAAGGAGCGAGAUGAAGUUACACACGAUCUCAAGAAUGCUGAACCUCACCUUCAAGCUGCAGAAAGAGCGUUGGAUAAAAUUACUAGCGCUUCUUUGAGUAAGAUUAAAAAGUAUCAGACACCACCAGAACCAAUCAUGAGAGUGAUGGACACCAUUCUCAUCUUCAGAGGCCUUCCAAUUGACAAGACUGAAAUUGAAGAACGCUCUACAGACCCAAAGAACCCAAGAAAGAUUUUGAAACCAUCUUGGAGAUAUGCCAAAGAAAUGAUGAACAAUAUCAACUUUAUGCAAAGUUUGUUAAAGUUUGACAAAGAUUCGAUUAGUGACGAGCAAGUUGAAUUAGUUGCACCUUACAUGGAUGAUCCAACCCUGACAGUGGAAAAUGUGUUAAACUCAUCAGAAGCUGCUGCUAGUCUUUGGGAAUGGGUACAAUCCAUGGUCAAUUAUCAUAACAUUGCCAAAGUUGUCGACCCAAAGAGAAGAAAAGUCGAAGAAGCAGAAACCAAAUUGCAAAUAGCUCAAGCUCAACUCAAGGAAAUGGUAGACGAGUAUGAAGAAAAGCAAAAAGAACUCAGAGAGCUCAAUAGACAACUUGAAGAGGCUCUUAACCACAAGAAACAAUUGGAAGACGAUGCUCUUCAAACCAGAAAAAGAAUGGAAGCCGCUGAAGCAUUAAUUCAUGGCUUAUCAUCCGAAGAAGAGAGAUGGAGAAAAGAUCAAAAGCAAUUCCAAUUAGACAUUCAUAAUUUAAUUGGAGAUAUUGCCCUGGCUUCUGUGUUUUUGACGUAUUCAGGACCAUUCAAUCAAGAAUUCAGAAGUACCAUCGUCGAGCAGUUGUGCUUUGCCGAAUUUAAAAACAGAGGUAUUCCAUUUUCCGAAAAAGUUAAUGUUAUUGAUUUCAUUACACACCCAACCACAAUUGGCGAAUGGAGAUUGCAAGGAUUGCCAAACGAUGACUACUCCACACAAAACGCCAUCAUUGUCACGACAGGCUCAAGAUAUCCUUUAUUGAUUGAUCCUCAAGGUCAAGGUAAAGAAUGGAUCAAACACAAGGAAGCAAACGACCUUGUUAUCACCACCCUUUCUGCAGAUAAUCUGAAAGAAGAUUUAGAAAAAUGUGUUGCUACUGGUCGACCACUUCUCAUCGAAGAUAUUGGAGAAGAACUUGAUCCAAUAUUGGAUUCUGUUCUCGAUAUGCAACUCAUUAAAAAAGGUAAACGCCCAAAGAUUAAGAUUGGAGAGAAUGAGGUACCUUAUAAUGAAAACUUUAGAUUGUACAUUACGACCAAAUUACCAAAUCCUAGAUAUACCCCAGAAAUGUUUGCAAAGGUUUCAGUCAUUGACUUUACAGUCACUGCUAUUGGUUUGGAAGAUCAAUUAUUAGCAAUUGUUAUUAACAAGGAAAUGAUUGAAUUGGAAGAGAAACGAACUUCACUACUCAACGAUAUCCAAGAAUGUAACGAAAUUAUGGAACAAUGUGAAAAGGAAUUGCUUGAAAAGCUCAGUGAAAAUCGUGAAAAGAGUUUAGUCGACGAUACUGAGUUGAUUGAUAUCCUCACAAAAACGAAAGAAAAGAACAGAACUAUCAAGGAAAAACUCAUGAUCAGUGAGGAGACUAAUAGAAGUAUUCAGGAAGCAAGAGAAGAAUUUAGACCUGUAGCCAACAGAGGAAGUAUUAUGUACUUUGUGAUCACAGAGCUCAGUCUUAUCAAUUGCAUGUAUCAAGUCAGUCUCAGUCAAUUUAUCAAACUUUUCAUUCAAGCUAUCGAUGAGUCAGAAAAGGACAGGAAUAAUAAGGUGAGAAUUGACAACAUUAUUAAUUAUUCCACCUUCUUUAUCUACAAAUACGUACAGAGAGGUCUAUAUGAAAAGCACAGAAUAGUUUUUGCAUUGCUUCUCGCUCUCAAGAUUGACUUGAAAAAGCCCAAGUCUAAAGGAAAGGGAAUCACCAUGAAAGAAUUCAAUUGCUUGAUUAGAGCUGGUAAUGCUCUUCAGAAGAGUGACGCACCAAAAAUUCCAUUUUCUUGGAUUGAAGACAAAACAUGGCUGAAUAUUUUCAGCUUGACCAAAGCUGACAUUCCUGAAUUCAGAAAUAUUCAUCUCCAAAUUGAAAACAACGAGGACCAAUGGAAGAAAUUCUACUUUUCUGCAAGCCCUGAAAAUGAGGCAAUUCCUGACUUCUCCUCUCUCAGUACCUUCCAUAGAUUAUUGCUCAUAAGAUGUAUUCGUAUGGAUAGGACCAUGAAUGCAUGCUCAUCCUAUAUCAUUGACACGCUUGGACAACAAUUUGUCGAUUCAAUUUCGUUGAAUUUGGAAGAAACAUGGAAAGAAUCAUCACCCAUUACACCAAUUGUUUGUUUACUAUCUCAAGGCUCUGAUUUGACUGGAUCCAUUGAAAAACUUGCACAACAUUUGAAAAUGACCAUCGACAGAGUUUCCAUGGGACAAGGUCAGAAAGAGAAGGCUCAAGAAUUGAUCAAGAAUGCCAUUGCAAAUGGAGGUUGGGUUCUUCUACAAAACUGUCACCUCGGUAUUGACUAUCUCGAAAUUCUAGAAAAGACACUCAUGGACCUAUCCAAGGAAGAUUACAGUGACAAGUCAUUCAGAGUUUGGAUAACAACCGAGCCCACUCCUUUAUUCCCAAUCAACCUCUUACAAAUGUCAAUUAAGGUCACAGACGAGCCACCUACAGGUAUUAGAGCAGGUCUGGCUAAAGCUUACAAUUGGCUCACUCAAGAAGCUCUCGGUGAAGUUCCUGAAAAUCGAAAAUUGAUUUACAGUACAUGUUUUCUUCACUCGGUACUCAUUGAAAGAAAAAAGUUUGGCCCUCUUGGCUGGUGUGUACCCUAUGAAUUCAAUCAAUCCGAUUUGGAAUGCUCUCUUCAUUUCUUAAUCAAUUACCUUAAUGAAAAUGACAUCAAAAAGAUCCAAUGGAAUACUAUUCGAUACAUGAUUUGUGAUGUACAAUAUGGAGGAAGAGUGACAGAUGCCUACGAUUCAAUUCUCCUGAGCAAGUACGGAAACAAAUUCUAUGGACAACAUGUCUUCUCAAAGGACUUUACCUUUUACUGCGACCGUGAAAAACAAAAAGUGUAUGAAAUUCCCGAAAAGGCCAAGAUUGAUGACUAUCGAAAGUACAUUCAUGAAACUUUACCACUCUUUGAUCCGCCAGAAGUUUUUGGUUUGCAUCAAAAUGCAGAAAUUGUUCACAAUGAACAAAAAACAAACUUUGUGUUGAGCACUAUUCAAGGUAUUCAGCCAAAAGAAUCUGCUGCAGGAAGUGGUGAAACACGAGAAGACAUUGUCUUGAAGGAUGUGAAAAGUUAUUUGGAGAAAAUUCCCGAAGAAUAUGACAGUAAGGAACUCAAGAAAUACUUUAAGAAAAUCGAGAAUUCUAAAAAGGAUAGUGGUGGUGCCAAUAAUCCAAUGGUUAUUUUCUUGAAACAAGAAAUUGAUCGCAUGAAAAUUGUGUUAAAACUUGUCCGUAGACAUUUACAAGAUUUGAAACUUGCCAUUGCUGGUACCAUUGUCAUGAGUGCAGAGCUUCAAAAUAUUUUCGAUUCGCUCUAUGAUGCAAAAGUUCCUCAACCAUGGCAAAAAGUUUCAUGGGAAUCCCAUAAAUUGGGUGUUUGGAUUGAACAAUUACAGAAACGACAUGAACAAUUUAUGAGUUGGUUACAAAAAGGUCAACCCAAACUCUUUUGGAUUUCUGGGUUUUUCAACAUUGCUGGAUUUUUAACAGCCGUGAAACAAGAAUCGACUCGUAAACAUGCUGGAUGGUCACUCGAAUCUGUUUCUCUCAAGACUGAAAUUACAAGCAAAGACGCUCUCAAAGAUAGUUUCAAUGCACCCGAAGAUGCUGAAGGAGUCUUUGUUUAUGGCUUGUAUUUGGAAGGAGCAAUUUGGGAUCGAAAAGCGAAACAACUUUCCGAUGUUCCUUCUUCCGAGUUGAGUCUUGUUCAUGAAUUGCCAAUUAUUCAUCUCUCAGCCAUCUCAUCCAUGCAAGGUAGUGAUAUGGGACCGAAAGAGUAUGUGUGUCCAGUGUACAAGAAUCCAGAUCGUACUCAUAGAAAUUACAUUUUCGAUUUGCAUUUGAAAACGAGUGAAGAUCCAAGCAAGUGGACACUGAGAGGAGUAGCAGCUCUAUGUUCUAAAGUGUAA